AUGGGAUACACAUUAGCCUUUAUUCAACUACCACAAGCGCACUAUCCAAUUACCACAAACACACUCCAUACUCUUACAUACUUCAUAAUGGCUCCCGCGGCUGCUCCCAGGUCCAAGAACGCGGCCAAACGAGUCACCCCCGCCUCCAAGGUCACCAAGAAGACCUCCAAGGCGGCCAACAAGGCCCCCAAGGCCGAAACACCUCCCCCCCGCGAGGAGAUCGUCGUACACGAAACGUCACCGAGUACCAUUAGCCCGGACGAGAUCGAAAAAACGCCCCCGCCUACUGCCAAAGUAGAUUUUCAGGAAUUGAUAGCCCAGCUAUCCAAGGUCCAAGAGGAGCGAGAUCAUCGCCAUCGUCACGAGGGCCGGGUUCAUAAGUCACGCCGCCACCACCACCGUUACAGCCGCAGCCAUCGUCAUCGUCACUCGGACACAUCGGAUUCGGACUCGUCCGACUCUGAGUCGGGCUGGGAGGAAAGAAGAGGGGUCCCAUUUCGUCACUCGGAAGGUAAGAAGCCCUUUCUUAGUAUUGCUGAAAGGUUCCGAAGUGUGGACGUCAAGUACUUCAAGCAAGUUUUCUUCGGGACCUUCAAGACCAAAAACUUCGCCAAACUGGCCCACAUGCAUACUACCCCGGCCAAGGAGGAUAAGGACGUCAAUGGCCAUAACCACAUGAUGCACUGCUUCCAUGUGUACUCUGUAGCCGCUGGCCGCUUUGCGCACGUGAGCGUGAAGGAAGACUUGAAUGAGGCCCUUCAUUCGUAUGCUAUUCGCCUAUUGCGGUUGCCCAUCACCUAUAGAUUUGACUCCAUCCUCGUAACUUCACCUCGCCUUUGUUACUGCACGCAUUCAGGGUGGCCAGGACGAUCCUAA